AUGGAUGGCAGGCAACUACUGCUGAUUGUUUGCAGCGAUGCCGACGGAGAGGAUGUGCCAGUUGAUGAAGGUGUAGGCACCUCAGCCUUACGACCCAGUCCCUCGCAACUUAUUUCCGAAUACAGCAUCCAAGCCACCACUACCAUAGAACAAGGGAGCCGGGAAUUCGAAUCGCAGUGGGACAAGGCAUCUGCAAACUGUCGAUCCAAGUCGGACGCCCCGGCCAUGCUGGAGCUUCUGACAAAGGUCUCUGUUGGACGACCCGUCACAACGGCUGGCGCAUGGAACCCAGACCUCACAAGCCAGGCGAUUGUGGUAUGUACUAUGGCCGAGGCGGUGGAGAUAUUCCACCAGGGUCCCCUUCGUAUGCCUGUGCUCGUCAAAGAAGCCAGCGAGUCCUCUUCUCGGAUGACGAUCUCCAACUUCCUCGAUACCCUCAGCAUGAGAGAUUCGCUCGACAUUCAUGACUUUAGCAAGCCUUUAGAGAAGCACAAGGAUGGACAACCUAUCAACGUGCACAUGCCCGACAGAUAUCCAUCAGCGGAGGUCGUGAGGAUCUUCAACGAGCGGAGGACCAGCGACGGUCUGCCCGUCAAUCUGCUCAACCUCGGUUGUCAGAAAGAAAACGCGGUACCGGCUUAUUUCUCGAAUAAUAGAGACUACGAUCCGAUGCACAUGCGGACGGACAACGGCAAGUUGGAGCAGCCGGAGUGGCGCGAUCUAGACAACUGCUUGGUGUUCCACCUCCUCACGUCCAAGGGCGCCGCGCAUUUGCAGCACGUCGACAGUCAUGGCGUUUAUACCACGGCGUUGACGGAGGUGACCAGGAAGCUGUGGCUGGUCUGGCUGGGUCUGGAGCUGGAGGAUCUGGAGACUCAUGAGGUGCCUGACGGAGGCGUUGCGAUCUUGAUAGAUGAAGGGGAUAUGCUGAUCCAGCCUACCAACAUCCUGCAUGUACCUAUCACGCUGGAGGAUAUGUUAAUAACGGGGACGAUGUACUGGCAUAGUUCCCACUUGCUUGAUAUACUAAGCCACACCAAAGCACAGGUCAAAGACCCGACAUUAACGAAUGAAACCAUCGCGAGGCAGUUUCUCCCCAAGAUGAAGAGUCUCCUCCGGCACUGGGAGGUAGACCUCGCCGACCCACCCAAAAAGCCGCCGUACACCUGGCCACCAGCCGAACCCCUAGCUGACUGCGUCAAGAUUGUUCAGGUAGGUUUCACUUCGAAUGCAGGGUUAGUGGUGCCUAAUAUAUUCCGCAGUGGCUCGACGACGGUUGCAAGUGCGAAGGGCGGUGCGUAA